UUUUUAGAAGCUUUGCAAUGUCUUCCAAAAAUGACGAACCCGUGCUGUUAACAUUUGAGGAAUUGAAACACUUGGAAGUUGAAGACAUAGCCAUAUGCAUAGAUAAAUAUCAGGCAAUGCAGAUAUGCGAAAAGAGUACUGCCUAUGGUGAUAUCUACAAUGUGUGGGUAAGAAAACUUUUAAAAUCUUAUGGUGGAAGUACUGCAGGAAUAUCAACUAAGGAUUGGAUACAAAUAUUGGAGUAUUUGGCAAAGGUUUUAGAAAAGUUUGUUUAUGAUUUGUCCAAUUCCAAGACUGAUAUGUUGGUUAAACAACUCAAUCAAUGGUGGAAUGAUACACUGGAAUUUCUGAAAUGGUUACACACGAUCAUCUCCGGAUUAGAUGUACACAUUGUAUGUCUUAUUUUAGCUUUUGCUUUGGAAAUUGUUAUUAAAACUUGCAAAAUUGCAGAUAGAAGGCUCAUACAACCAGUGAUACAAAUUCACCAACAAUUGCUUUAUACAUUAACAAAUAAUAUGCUUAAAAUGGAUAUGCAAAAUAUUGAAGACUUGAAAGGUUUCAGCAAAGUUUUGAUUUCCCUUUGCGAUGUGGCCACCAUAAUAUCCUCUUCCGAUAUAAAACUAUCAAUUGAAACUUGGCGAAUUGUGGCCAAAAUCUCUGGAAAAUUUAGUGGAUAUUUUAAUAAUAUACAACAAAGCGGCGGAGAUGAGAUAAUGAAUGAAUUAAAGAUCAAUGCAACAGGAAAGCCUAUAACAGGCAUCAUUAAAGAAUUGAAUAAACUUUUCAAUUACUUUUUGGAAGAUGACGAGGCACCUAAAAAUGAGAAUUUCCUUAAGGUUGCCCAAUUUUAUUUGAAAUUAAUCAAAUCCAUAAUGAAGAACACUCAGCUAGUUCCAGCUCCUAAUGAAUUUUUGCAAGUUUAUACGAAAUUUUUGCACCAAUUGAAGAUAAAAAUUAGCAGAAAAUACAUUGAGCCUAUGCAAAAGGAUCUAAACGAUAUUCUGGCCAUGGCGAACAAUCAGGAGGGAAUGGAAAAUUAUGUAUUGCAGCACUUAGUCGAAGAUAAUGAGCAAUUUGUUAGCUGUGAUUUGAUUCUACAAUACAUGAGCCAAUUGUUGGAAGAUAAUAACAAGCAUAUCAUAUCAUUUGAAGUCAUCAAACGAAUCUUUAAUGUAUUAUUCGAUGGUCCCCUAAUAUUCAUCGAGGGUGAAAAAUAUGCAAAAUUACUUUCAUAUUUUGCUGCAUUAACUGCUGAAGAUAUAUCUGGUGAUCUUCAUAUCUUAUGGUGCACAAAUCUUCUAGAAGCAAUGUGGAUCAAAGCCUUAACAAGUUGUGAGAUACUUAGGAUGUAUUAUGGAUACCUCCUAAAUGCUUCAAAUGAGCAAGCACAUGCUUGCUUGGAAUUCUGGAUAAAAUCAUGGCAGAACUGCAAUGUUGAGAUCACCACAUCGUCCUUUGGUUACAAACGAUUUUUAAUAGAGAGGCUUAUAAGGACUAUUGCCUUACAGUUGCCAUCGAAUAAUCACCAACUCUUCUUUCACAAUCAUCCCAAUUGUGAAGUUUUGCUAUUGAAAUGUGGUCUCGCAGAUACUAAAAGUCGCUCCUAUUUGAAUACAACACUAACUGAUCAUUUAAAUGGCAUGCUCGAUAUGCAACUAAAUAAAAAGCAAUACAUUGAACUGCUGGAUUUAUUGGAUAUCUGCUGUAGCCAUGGUGAAUUUGUUAACUUUAAUGACAUUAGCAACAAAUUAGUUAAGGCUUUUCUUUUAAUAUUUUCUUUGCCCAUGAGUGAAAUUCAGAAAUUUCGUCAUUUUAUCUAUAAAUGUUUUGCUAUAUUUAAAAUAUUAAACAAUAUGCAGCUAGAUAAGGAAAUUUUAAAAUGUCUCGAAGACAAUUUGAAUAAAAUCAAAGAGGUUUUUGGGGUAUUUAUGCUGGAAUAUCUAAUGCAACGCAAACCUCAAAGUCAGACUAUUCUUAAGCGCCUAACAACACCCGAGGUUAUGAAGUUGCAAAGAUUUCUUGAAACUUCCAAUAAUAAAACAGGAGAUUUGCGUAUAUUCCAAGAUGCCUAUAAUAGGCAUAAAAAUAAAUGUAAACAGCCUUCUCUGCAAGAUGUGCAUAUAAGCAAAAGGCCACGUGUUGCAGGUGAAGGUCUCUCAUCUGACUACAAAUGUAUAUUAAACGAAAUGUUUGAACAAUCCAAGCUAAUUUUAACUAAACAGACGGCAACGACUUUUGAUGAUAAGGACUAUGAUCUAUUAAUUUGUAUAAAAACUAACAUUGAAAAGUGUUUAAAGAAAUAAUAAAUAUUGUAU